AUGGGAUUCAAUGACUGGUCUGAUGAUGAAAAUGCCUCUCGCAAUCAUGGGCGUGAUAAGUUUCGACAUGAGCGAAGCUUAGAGCGUGAGAGGUAUGGUGAAGAAUACGAGCGUUAUGAUCGAAAGAAGCGCGGUCGACGCAGCCCUACUCCUCCUGAAGACCGUCGACACAAAAGAAGACCUUCAUACUCUCCUCCUCCCAUGAGAAACUAUAGAAACAACAGAGAUAUCAGAAACGAUCCAGAAACCGAUCAUUACAUCCCCAACUAUGAGCGCGAUGGGUACGUACCUGGUCCUCGCUAUGGAAACAAACCUGAAAUCCCUGGACCUAUGCCUUUUGCCAACAACAAUCCUGCGGUGGGUGCGCCUGGUGCUGGCAAUGGCUAUCCAAUGAUAGACAUGAUGAGUGCGCCUAUGGUCAAUCAGGGCUGGGCAGGCAAUGUCGACAGAUUCACACCAGUGGAUCCCGCACAGCUAGACUACCUUGUGCCCUUUAAGCACUUUUUCGAAUUCACCAGAAGAACAUCCACACGGCGCAUUGACGACGAAGACAUGCAAAAGCGGUUUGCUCAGUACAAGGAGAAGUUUGCCGUCCGGUUACUCGCACAAUUCUUUGCCGCCAACAAGGACAAGGAGUGGUUCCAAGACAAAUAUCACCCAACCAUCUCCAUUCCUCGACUAGACGAUAUCAAAGUGCGUAGACGUCGCUAUUUGAAGGAAUUUUUGGAAGAGUUGGAGCGUGGCGACUAUGACAAGGUGAAUUACGACAAAGAUGGGCCCACCACCACCACAACACAGAACGACGAGGACGAGCCUGCUGAAGCAGCAGUUGGCUCUGAAUCCAACGAAGAUGACGCUAAUGCAGAGUACGAAACAAGGCUGGUCAUCAAGACCGUACCACCCACCAUUGCCAGAGAAAAGAUCAUGGAGAUGUGCAAAAAGAUUGAAGGAUUCGACUACCUGUCUCUUUCUGAACCAGGACCCAACAAGAAGUUUCACCGCAUUGGCUGGAUCAAUUUCAAGCAGGGCACUGACAUGAAGAAAGUGUUCGAGCUCAUGGACAACCAAAAGGUGGAUGAUUUUGUAUUUCAUCUGGCCAUGAACCGUAAAAACACGACUCAAACACGUUCACCAAGAAUUGCACCUGACAUCACCAACACAACCGAGCGACUGCAAAAAGAUUUGGAGCAAGCCAAGGAAGUUGCUUUAGCUCUGGAAUCCCUGCUAGGAGAAGAUACGCAAGAGGGCCUAAAGGCUGUGGAAGUGCGUGCUCAAAAAGUAAUCAGCGAACACAAGCCAGACGAGUCCAAAGGAGCAGGUGAAGGCGAAGAUGGCAAAGUAGAAGAAGAAGAGUCUGUGGAUAGAUGGAAUCUGAAAAAGUCGCUGGAUAUGAUCAUUGCUUAUCUGAGACGUGUUCACAUGUACUGUUAUUACUGUGCUCUGGAGUGCGACUCGGCUGAAGAAUUGUCGAGAAAGUGCUGUGAUCCUCAUUGCCGCACCAUCGCAAGUGCCGCUGCUACCGAUGAAGUUGUAGAUCCCAAGCAAGCCGCUAAAACUGAGAGAGGAGUCGCACAAUGGGCCAAGAAUCUGGAUCAAAAGAUAUCACUCAAAAUCCAUACACCUGAUGAUCGCGAAUUAAAGCGCUUGGGUGGCCGUGUAUUACAAACCGAAAUUGACGAUUACGUGAAAUCACAUGUCCUCAAGGAGCAUGAAUCCAAGUACAAAUGUCAAGUCGGCGAAUGUUCCAAGGCGUUCAAGGGCUUUGACUAUGUGGAAAAACAUAUUCUGUCCAAACAUCCCGAGGAAAUCGAACGCAUCAAAUCAGAAGUCGAAUACUACAACAAUUAUGUUUGCGAUCCAAAUCACAUUAUUCCUAGCACAGUGAACCACACCAAUACACAGAUGGUGCCCAUGAACAUGCCAUUCGCAGGUGGUCAACAGCCCUUCAUGAUGCCACAUCAAAAUAUGCGCAUGAGCGGUUUGCCUGCUGCUGUGCCUGGCACGCCUUGGGAUCAAAUACCUCGUAUUGGCUUUGGCGGUAGUGAGAAUCCUGCUGGUUGGGCUAAUGCUGUCAAUGCUGCAAGAAGAUCAAGAGCUGCUCCUGCUAAUGCUGCCAUGAUGGAUCUAGAGGAAUCACUGCUUCCCAAGGAUCCUCGUCAAGUUAAAUCAUAUGUUGACCUCGAUGCUCCUGCUGAAGGCGAUUCCAACAUUUCAUUCUACUAA